AUGGUGCUGUCUUUGGUGAACCUCUGUGCCAGGGAGGUGGUGAGUGACCACAGCUCGUCUCCUAACUGGCUAAAGUGGGUGCCCCGGGAGCUGUACCGGGCUCUGCUGGAGGCCGCCUUCGCCAGCUGCAGACCGCUGGCCGUGGGCGAGCUGGUCCAGCGGUGGCCUGAACGCUCCCUGCGGGUUGGAGGACGCAGGAAACCGCGGCAAGCUGUGCCAAAUCGACUCUGCAUCCAGGCUCUGUUACUUGCAGUGGUCAGAGGACUGACAGACCAAAGGUGUGCCCUACAAGUGCUGGACCUCUGUGGGCUGCAGGGAGAUGAGGGAGGAAUGGGGGACUCGAUGGGAGGCUGGUCCCUCACCGUUGCCCUCUGCACCAUGGUUGUUCAGGCCAGAACCGGUGCCCAGAGGGCACAGAGGAAAGAAGGAGACCACGAGAGGAAACGGUUCUCGGCUCUUGAAAGAGCAAGGGAUUUAAAAAGAGAGAAGGGGCAGAGAAAGGGGCCAAAGAACCUCGAUGACACGUGCAGCAACGGAGAAAGAACUGGAACCUCGGGUCCUGUGAGUGAGGAGGAGACGAUUAAAGGAGUCAGGAGAAGGAUGGAGGUGGAGAGAAAAAAAACGAUAGCAGCUUCAGGUUUAGGAGACAGUAAAGUGGACGUAGAGGAGAAAUCGGUAGACAUUGACGUGCUGGUGCAUGUAAGAGCGGAUCUUUUUGUCAAUUCUCGAUCCUGGGAGCGUGUUCGUUUGGCCCUGAGCUCACCGGGACCGCUCAAGCUUCAGUGCAGGUACCUCCGUGUGGAGGAGAUUUCGGUGUCGAGCAUCAGGACCCUGCUGGCCCUGCUGCCGUGCCAGGGGCUCCUGGGCGUGGACAUUCGCUACAGCAGCCUCGGGGUGGCCGGCUUGGCGGAGCUGCUGCCGCUGCUUUCCACCUUCCCGUCGCUGAACUCCCUCCGCCUGCAUUACUGCAACCUGGACUUCCGCAGAGACAUCUUUGGACAGGAAGACACAUUGAGGGACCUGUCGCAGGGGCUGGCACAUCUCCAAGAGCUGCGGCGGCUCAGCCUCACCGCUCUGCGGCUGCCUGGACAACUGCGCGUGUUGCUCAGCUCGCUGCCUCAGCCUCUGGAGAUCCUAGAGCUGCCCUAUUUGAGCCUGAGUCCAGCUGACCUCGCCUACCUGUCCUGCAGCCAUCAUGCCUCCACGCUGCAGCAGCUGGACUUGAGUGAGAACCGUCUGGACACCAACACCCUAUCCUCCAUCCGCCGCCUCCUCUCCCAGGCCUCCAGCAGCCUGCAGCACCUCUCUUUAAGUGGCUGUGGUCUGACUGAUGGUCUGCUGGGGCUCUUGUUGCCCUCACUGGGCAGCUGCUGGGCUCUAAAGAGCCUGGCUUUGGCUUUGAACCCGCUUUCCAUGGCGGGCCUCCUGGAUCUGGUGCGAAUGGCAGCUAGAAUGCCCUCCUUACGACAGUUACUCUACCCUAACCCCCUUGAAGACUACCAGCCGGGUCUUCCGGACCUGCCCUCUAGUGCCCAGUUACUGGACUGGCCUCUGGAUGAAGCACCAGACUUCAACAUGACCAGCAGCCAGCUCAACCGGGUGCUGACAGACAGCGGACGCCACGACCUCUUUCUCACUUGUGACCUGCUCAAUUACGAUAAAGACUUGGUGGAGUAG